AUGUACCCGUAUCUAAUGCGUAGGAGUGAUUGCUUCGUUUACGUACGACUCUCGUACAAGGGUUUCGUAUCGGUCGCUUGUAAAGGUCACGCAAGGGCUCAUAUACUUGUCUUUAAACUAAUUUUCUUUUCUGCAAGCGCGCCCGGUCACGGUAGUCGUGCGCUCGCGUCGCGAUUUACUAAUAAUUAUAAAUGGGUUGAAAGUACGCAGACGCUGCUGUGCGCUGUGGACUUUAUUUUUACGCGGAGACGUGUACGCGAGCGGUACGCGCGGCGAGUCGGCCACGAGGAGAGUCCGCCGCCGGCUGCUCAAAAC